AUGAGUUCAACAGUUUCGAACUCGCAAGAUAUUUUCCAACAAGGAGGAUACGACUCUCGGAAUACUGGAACUUCAGGAUCUUUUGCCUCUCCAGAACCAGAUGUUGGUGACAAUGGUGAAGCAGAGUUGGUUUCUGUUUCCUGGAAUCAGGAUUACAGCUGUUUUGCUUCUGGUACGAGCCAUGGUUUCCGGAUAUAUAACUGUGAGCCUUUCAAGGAAACUUUCAGGAGAGAGCUCAAGGAUGGAGGGUUUAAGAUCGUGGAGAUGCUUUUCAGGAGUAAUAUCCUGGCACUUGUUGGUGGUGGACCUAAAUCUCAGUACCCUUCAAAUAAAGUAUUGAUUUGGGAUGACCAUCAGAGCCGCUGCAUCAGUGAAUUCUCUUUCAGGUCGGAGAUUCGUGCAGUGAAAUUACGGAGAGAUCGGAUUGUUGUUGUCCUUGAGCACAAGAUAUAUGUCUACAGCUUCAUGGACCUGAGACUUCUUCAUCAGAUUGAAAACCUGGCGAAUCCUAGGGGCUUGUGUUGCCUCUCUCAUCAUAUGAAUACAUCUGUGCUGGCAUGUCCAGGUGUUCGUCAAGGAGAGGUCCGAGUUGAGCAUUUUGGGCUUAACAUGGUGCAAAUCAUUAAUGCUCAUGACUCCAAUAUCGCCUGCAUGACCAUGACUUUGGAUGGAUUGCUUCUUGCAACUGCCAGUACAAAGGGAACUCUGAUUAGAAUUUUCAACACAAUGGAUGGAACUCGUCUGCAAGAGGUACGAAGAGGAGUGGACAGGGCAGAUAUCUACAGCAUUGCUCUUUCACCAAAUGUGCAGUGGCUGGCAGUAUCAAGCGACAAGGGGACUGUUCACAUAUUCUCUCUUAGAGUGAGGGUUUCUGGGGAGGACUCACACUCCACUGAUCAUGAGACGUCUUCAAAUUCCCUGCAGGCUCUUGUUUCUCCAGCUAGUGGCGCCAACCCUGGUUCGUCAUUGUCAUUUCUGAGAGGAGUUCUGCCAAAAUAUUUCAGCUCGGAGUGGUCAUUUGCUCGGUUCCAUGUACCAGAAGUCACCCAAUUCUUUGCAGCAUUUGGUGCUCAUAACACAAUUGCAAUUAUCGGCAUGGAUGGAAGUUUCUAUAGGUGCAAUUUCGAUCCAGUGAACGGAGGAGAGAUGACUCAGCUUGAAUAUAUCCGCUUCCUGAAGCCGGAGAUCCUAAGAUAA